UUUCAUUUAAUCCUCCAACCCUCAGCCCCGGAGGAACCCCCGUCUUGCAUGCUGCCACUUCCCCCACCCCACCCUCCCCCUUUCUAUCUCCUAAUGUGUCACUUUUCAAAAUUACUUUGUUCUUCUCAAUUUUUAAUUAAAAAAAAAAAAAAGUGUAGUUUUAGAUCAUUUACAUGUACAGUGUGAGAAAAAAAAAUCAAGUGUACUAAAUAAGUGUCUAAUGUGCUCGUAAAUUUUCCUGUUAUUAUUAUUAUUUUUUUUUACAUUUGUGCCACACCAAAGGAGGAUAACUGCAAAAAUGUAUAAAAGAGUGGCCGAAAGUUUAAGGUUUCUUUAUAAACCUUAUGCUUUAGCAAUAGUUUCAAUUGGAUAUGUUCUUGGAGAGUUGGGACACUAUUUGAUUGGAGUUACUAGUAAAGCAACGGCAAUAGAUUUGCACUACGGUGAUAUUUCCUGUCAACUAAAUUCAACGGAUUUUUCUUUGGUCGAUCUUCCGGUUCAAUGUGAAGCAGCAAACAAUUCGGAAUACUGCGAUUCAUUGGAAUUAAAUGGUACGAAAUAUUGCGAGUGGAAUUACAAUGGACUCGGAAUUGAUUAUCAAAUACUUGCUGGUCCAAGUUUCAUUGCAGUUUUCACAAUUGCUGGCGUUAUUCUUGGAUUUGUAGCUGACAGAUUUAACAGAGUGAGAAUGUUGUCAAUUUGUACAUUAGUAUUUAGCAUAGCAAUUAUUUUAAUGGGAACAGUCAAAGAAUAUUGGCAUCUCGUUGUACUUAGAAUGAUUCUAGCAGCUGGUGAAGCAGCAUGUAAUCCAAUGGCCACUGGCCUCAUCUCAGAUUGGUUUAAUGAGGAGCAGCGAGGCCUAGUUAUGUCAAUUUUUAAUUGGGGCAUUUAUGGAGGAUACGGAAUCGCUUUUCCAGUUGGUCGAUACGUACCACAAGCUAAUGCCUGGAAUUUAGGAUGGAGAGUCUGUUACUAUGGUGCUGGGAUCAUUGGAGUGAUUAUAGCUUUUCUUACCGGUUUUACUAUAAAAGAACCAGAGAGAACGACAAUAGGAGAAGAAACAACAAAUACAAAGAAAAAAGUUUCCAUCUGGAAAGUCAUUUUCCAACCACGCGUUGUUAUUUUAUGUCUUGCUGCUAGCAUCAGGCAUUGUGGUGGAAUGUGCUUUGCAUAUAAUUGCGAUUUAUACUAUAGAGAUUAUUUUCCUGAUUAUGAUCUUGGUUGGUGGUUAUUUGCUGUGACAAUUGUUAUUGGAAGUAUAGGUGUUGUAGUAGGUGGUGUUGUCAGUGAUAAAUUUGUGGCGAAAAUGGGUAUCAAAUCAAGAGUGGCAGUUUUGGCAAUAAGCCAAUUAGUGGCAACACCUUUUGCUUUUGGUUCAGUUUAUUUUGAUCCACUUUGGGCUAUGAUUACACUUGGGAUUUCUUAUUUCUUUGCGGAAAUGUGGUUUGGAAUUCUCUUUGCAAUCCUUGUGGAAAUUGUACCCCUUAAUGUAAGAUCCACAACUGUUGGAAUUUUUCUUUUUGUCAUGAACAACAUAGGAGGAAAUUUGCCAAUUUUAGUUGAACCAACGAGAAUUGCUCUCGGAUUUCGAGAAGCUCUUUAUAUUUUUUACGCUGGUUUUUAUGGUAUAAGCUCACUGAUGUUUCUAUUCACAAUGUUUUUCAUGGACGGUCCCGUGCAAAAUGAUAAAACAGUGGAUUCAGCAGAAUCAGGACACGAUAACAGAACUUACAUAGAUGAUGAGGGUAAAAAUUCAACUUUAGAACUACCUCGAUUACCUCCCAGAAUACAAGAUCCAGAUCAUUCAAGAUUAUAAAUGAAAAAAAAAAAAUGAGAAAAA